CAACCACACUUAUGCUCUCUCACUCUGUCUUUCUACUUCAAGAGCCAAGCAAACCGACCAAUCUCUCGCAUUGCGAUUCGUCAUAAAGAUAAGAAGAAAAAAGAAAAAACAACAGAAACAACAUCAACCAUGGCAUUGAACUCAUCUUCCUCGCAUUUGUCUUCAAUUUCGUUCCACUUCAAAAACCCUAGGUCUCCUCUCUCUGCAAAAAGACAUGUUCUACUCACUCUAUCCUCUCCCGAUGAAUCUCCCAAACCCUCUCUUCGCAUUUCAGCUGACUCCGCUCCCAAAGCCCGAUUCAUCGCCCGCCGAAGAGAGUCCGUGUCGGUUCGAGAGCUCGCUCGACCUCUCAUGGAGUAUAUGAGUUUGCCUGCGAGUCAGUACUCUGUGUUGGAUGCGGAGAGGAUUGAGAGAGUUGACAAUAGCACCUUCAGGUGUUACGUAUACAAUUUCAAGUUCUUUGCUUUUGAAGUGUGCCCUGUUUUGUUGGUUAGAGUUGUAGAGGAACCAAAUGGUUGUUGUAUCAAGCUCUUGUCCUGCAAGCUUGAAGGUUCACCAAUUGUUGUUGCACAGAAUGAGAAGUUUGAUGCUUCUAUGGUGAAUAGAGUAUCAUGCGAUAGGAAACAGAGCGACUCCUCGGUGGCUGAACUCACUUCAGAUACAGUUAUUGAGGUCAGCAUUGAGAUUCCUUUUGCAUUUCGACCAAUUCCCGUGCAAGCCAUUGAAUCAACCGGCACUCAAGUACUAGAACAAAUAUUGAGGAUUAUGCUUCCUCGCUUUAUGGCACAGCUUGUAAAAGACUACCAAGCAUGGGCGUCAGGAGAUGCCUCAAGGCAACCCCUUGGAACCGGUGAAAUUUAGGAUUGCAUAAAUGGGUAUGCAUGUGUAAUUGUUUGGUUUUUAUUUUAUUUUUUGAUGGCUUUUUUUGUGUUAUGAACAAUGAGUGUACUGCUACUAGGUACACCAUUGUUACAAUACAUGCCUUUUAUUCCAGAGCAAAAACCCGUAAAUGUAAUUUCCUAAAGGAAUAUUUGAUCUUGUUGCAACCAGCUCUAUUCAUAUUUAAUCAUGUUCAUGUAUUUUAAUUUUGGCCACUACAAGUUGUUUGAUA